AUGAUGAAGCUAAACUGUAUUCCUAUUAUAUGUCUUCUAGCCAUCAUUCUGACUAUAAGCUCUGUUUACGGAGCUCCUUCUAGCAACCGUACCAGUCAUGUCGAAAUCCCAGAUAAUGCUAACAUAACUGGCAGCGGAUAUACUAUUAGUGCAUUUUCGCCUAAGAUCUUCGUCCGUACUAGCCAAUUCGAUUUGAAUUUUGAAUCAUGUGUUCAAUUCAAAUUCAAAUUGAGCGAAACGCGUGUCAAACUGCGUGCCUACACAUGUCAACUAUCAGAAGGAGGUUAUUGUGUUUUGGACAAAUUUGCUUUUCCUAGACAGAAAGAAGGAUGUUCAUACUUACGACCAUGGACACGCACUGAUGACAGCUUCUCGUUCUAUUUUGUGUUAGAACGUCGUGCUCGCAAAUAUCGGCCGGGCAAGAGACGUCAUGUAUCGAAGAGGACCAUUUCGAACAAGCCGUUUGCCAACUUUGAGAUUGACGGAAUCAUGCCUUGCAAUGAAGUGUGUGACGGUCUGCUGGACAAGAAAAAGAGGAAUCAAAUUCCCAAAUAA